GAUGCGGGGACUGUAUUGUUGUUGUACUCUGCGAGGAAGAACGAUAUCUACGGAGACAACAAUGUACGCCAUAUAUAGUAUCAUCUGUGAUUUAGUUAUGAGUGUUAUGAUAAAUGGAGUUCAAAGUAUCACUGAUGAUGCUUGUGGGGCAGCACAAGGACAACAAACACAGGGAACACUCGAUUUUUUUCAGUCCGUGGCCUUUACGGCGAAACGUUCAAGCGGUCCUAGUAUUUUAAAAACAGGUGAUAUUGUGACCUUUGACGAUGUUAAAACCAAUGUCGGCAACAACUACAAACCAGAAGUAGGGGCUCUUAUCGCUCCGCACAAUGGCGUUUAUAGCUUUACCCUUGGCAUAAGUUCCAGUGACAUCGUCGGACUGGGAAUCAUGGUCAACGACACCGAAAUUAUGCGGGUAGACAACGACCUUAAUAUUGUAACAGUUGCCACCGAGUUGAUUGAGGGGUCUACAGUAUAUGUUCAAGUAAAAAUUGCUCCCGAAACCCCUACAGUAUGGCAAAGCUUUUUAACAGGUCAUUCAGUCAUAUAUCCUAGCAAACGCAGAGAAGAAAAUUUUGCGCCCUUGGUUGAAAAUCAUAUUCCGAUAAAGUAGAUAUCUACAAACAAUUUAAAGGAAGGUAAAAAAAGGUGGACUACAAGUUCACUUUACGUUAGUUAAUGAAGGUAUUUACAAAAAGAAUUUAAUAUUACUGAUUGUGAAAAACGACAAAACAUUUUAGCCGAAGGAACCCAAACAUGAUUGAGUCAUAUAUAUUUCUAAAAUAUGAUGUGCUACUCUUUUAUUAUUAUUAUUGUUGUUAUUAUUAUUAUUACUUUUAUCUUUGCAUUAAAAAGUACAAGUGUAUCAAUAACUAAGAAGAAUUUAAAUAAAAACAAUACUUCUCUGAG